AUCGCUUUGUGAAUCGCAUACUGCCUAUCACGCUCUGUCUAGUGGGGCAUGUCGUUAACCUCAACCUUCGGUGGACGAUAUAUAAAUGGAGGCUGUAGGGCUUCGUGCUUUACUUGUGGUCUGCUUAUGUUGUGAUCGGCAAGGAAAGCUCCUGCGUCGACAUUUAAGUUGUGACGCGCGACGCGUCCGGUGCAUUUAGUGGUGUUUGUGAUUCCGAGUUUGACUCGCACUCGUGGACACUGACGCUUACUCAAAUUGUGCUUCUACACGAAGCCCGCUUCGUUUUUUGAACUGUCGGUCGUUUUUUCUUCAAAGUGAAAGCACACGGAGGGAUGCGAAAGGACUGUCGCGACUGUCUGGGCAUCAGGUACCGUAUUUGCACCCUGCAUCAGACGUGGAAGUGGCUGCAUCAGACCCAGAGUCUGCACGAUCACCUGGUCUCUAUGAUCUCUUCUGAAAAAGACGCCUAGAAAGUUGGUAUUUGAGCAGAGGCAUAUUGAACUAUUUUUAAUAGCCAACCAGCUUUCUUAUUCUGCCAAAGAAAUAAACAGAACUGAUUUCUCAAUAGUUACUGUUGAGACAGCAUUUAUUUGCUACUAGAUCUAAUACUGCUUACUUACAUUUAAAGAAAAGAACGGAAAAAUGGCCCAAGCAAUGGCUCAGAACAUGUUCAGAAUCUCCCAAGUGUCUCUGAACAAUGUGGUCAGGUGCAAUGCUUAUGCUUUUGCUCCAGCCACCUCUCAAGCGAAAGCUUAUUCAUCAGCUUCAACAACUGAUAAAGAGAAAAGUAAAAAUCCAAUUCAAAAAUCAGUUUUCAUCUCGCAGUCGACUGACAUUUUUACCAACCUUGCUUUGGAAGAUUGGAUGUAUCGCAACUUUAAUUUCAACAAUCAUCAUGUCUUGCUUAUGUGGCGUAAUUCUCCUUGUGUUGUAAUUGGGCGUCACCAGAAUCCUUGGGUAGAGACUAACACCACAAAUGUGGCUCACCAGGGAAUGGAGAUUGCUCGUCGUAAUAGUGGUGGUGGCACUGUGUAUCAUGAUAGAGGCAACCUUAAUCUCACAUUCUUUACCAAGAGAGAAGAGUACAACCGCAGGAAUAACUUGGAGAUAGUGUCUCGAGCCCUCUUCAGAGAGUGGGGUAUUGAAUCGGUAAUAACACCAAGAGAAGAUAUUGUUGUGAAAAACACCUACAAACAGCAGAUUUCUGGCACCGCUGCAAAACUAGGUCGACCCAAUGCUUACCAUCACUGCACUCUGUUGGUUGACGUUAACAAAGUAGCUCUUCGCCAGUCUCUCCACAAAGAAGAUAAGGGAAUUGUAACAAAUGCUACCCAAAGUGUGGCUUCACCCAUCAUGAACUUAUGUGAAAUCAAUCAACAUGUGAAAGUGGAACGCAUGUUAGGAGCAGUUGGUUGGGAAUAUUUGCGUACUUGUCCUGAAACUCUCGAAGACGGUGGCCAGGAUUUAAUCAACAAACAGAGAGGUUUUCAGCUCAUUAAUCCAACAGAUAAUUGGUUUCCAGGUCUUAACAAAUUGAAAGAAGAGCUCUCCAGCUGGGAUUGGCGAUUUGGAAAAACUCCAAAAUUUCAAGUGAAUAAAUCCUUCCGUGUACCUAAGGAAUUUCUGGGAGAGGGAGAAAUGGGUGUUCAAGAGCUGAAGGUCUCCUUGGAAGUGAAUAAAGGAAUUAUAGAUGACGUAACUCUGAAGCUCCCACCUGGUUUAUUGUCAACCAAUGGCUUUCAUGGAGAAGUAGACGUGGUUACUUCUCUGAGGGGACAGCCGUUUUCUGAGCGAGCUGUGGUAUCACUGGAGAACGCUUUGCAUGAUAUGAGUACGAAGGAAGGCAACCUGCAGGGCAAGAGCCAGUUUGUCAUGAACUGCAUGCGUCAAGUGAUGCAAUCUGUAUGACCCUAUAGAAGCCGAGCUUCUCAUGACGACCUUUUGCAAUGAAUAAUGAAAAACCUUUGGUACUUGGAUUGAUUAGCUGUUGUUGGCUAUAUAUGGCUCAAUUUUUGUAGUAAAGGGUUUUUAUAUGAGAGUAUUUUAGUGACUGCCUAGAACAUGGUGUAUAAUUUCAAUAAAUAAUCAAUUUUUUUAAUUAUGUUGUUGCUGAUGAAAAUACUUUUCCACCAAGUUCUCCAGGUUUUCCUUACUUUGUACUAUAUACAGGCAAGUGCCUUAUAUCUGUGAUAUUGCAGAAGUGAGAGUAGCAACUUUCUGCGAGGUGUGAGUGUAAAACACUUGAAUUUUUUAAAGUGAAUCUCUGAAGACUUUUUUGCUAUGUUGGUGUGGGUAUAUUGUACAUGCUGACAGAUUAUUUGUGUAAACAGUAUAUUUUACGUGAGCAGUUAUAUGUAAAUUAGAUGAUAGCGAAUAAAUGCCGUCUUACAGUCUUCUACUAGGUUUAUUUUUAAGAUAGACCAUUAGCUUAGUUGACUAGUGGCAGCAUUAUUAGAUUCCUUAGGAGGCCAUAGCCUUGGUGUAUUUGUUUAGUUUUGUGUGAGAGCAAGUCUCACUUGGCCUGUGUGAUAUUGUUUCCCUUAAAUUUUCCCUUAGGUUGUUACAACUGGGACUACAAGAAUGCAUCAUAUCAACAAUUGUACAUUAGCCAUUUUUUUUGUUUUUUAUUUUAAGUUUCUAUAAAACAUAUAUUUUGCUGUGUAGUCAUUCUUGUUUGCUUGUAAAGCAUUCUAAAGCCUGUAGUAAUAUCAGACAUAUUCUGAUAUUGCCUUUUUAUACAUGUAUUAUUUGCUAAAGCUGUUAUUGUAAUUUCUUUUUGCUAUAAUUGUAAGAAGAUUUUUUACUAUUCACAUGUACUCUUGCUGCAUAAGCUAGUUCAUGGAAAAAAAUAUAGCAGUAGAGAAGGCAUCAAUA